AGAAUUUUGUCAACAGGACGCAAUGGUGAACCCGACUUGAAUGCAGCUAUCAUUGUCAAGAAUUACUUUGCAACGCGUUGACUUUUUGCGCUUUCUCAGUUUCAUGGAUUUACUUACAAUGGGUUUUGGUAGCAUUUUCCACACACGACAGCAAAAUCAAAGGAUGACAGUUUUGACCAUGGCGCUGCUUUUUCUCUCAGCGCUACACAUUUGGCCCGUGCUCGGUGCCAUGCCAAAUGGACGGAUUGCGAAGCUGGUGAAUAUGAAAGUCCACCUUUCAACAGACGAGAUUGCCGGGGAAACAGUCGCAAGUGUGCUGCCGUUGAGUAGAAAAAAGCAAGCCGCUGCCGAGGGAGACAGUGCUGACGAAGAGCAAGGAACUUUUACAACCGACAGGGGAGGUGCCCACGGCGAAACCGCAGAAACACUCCACUCGCUUCCGCGCGCAACCGAUGAGGGCGAGAGUAGCAGUGGUGCGAACCGGCGGUCCGCGUCGCAGGACAGUAGGGGAAGUAAUUGCAGUGUGCGAACGGCAGACUUCUUAGAAGACCGUAUGGCGAAAUAUGAAAACAGUUGUGGUGUGCAGCAGUCAUAUUCGGGUAGUGGUGCGCCGGCUUCGUGGGUUGCAGCGGUUUCGCCGGUGAAUUCCGAACUACAACAGCAGCCGCAGCAAUUCUUUUGCGGUGUGCCGCAGCAAACUGUGAGCCCCGCUUUCCAUCCGUGCCACUAUAGUCUCAUGCCGCACGACGGAACAUGUUGCAGUACCCCCACCAGCUGUCCAACCGCUGGCGAGCGAAUGCUUUCCCAUCAAGUCGAGCAACAGCCACCUCCCGCCACAGCUGCCUCGUCUCUUCUGGCGCUGCACAGCUCAACCUACCAUCACUACGAGUGGUGCGAUGCGCCGGGCCUAAACACCUUGCAGCAGCAGGCCCGCGAGUUGAUGACAGCGCAGUCGCUCGAGGAGGUGAAGGAAAGAAUGCGCAAGUUUCCGCGGGGCGCCUGCGAGCAGACACUGUCCUUAGAAUCGUUAUUGAACAAUGAGGUGGCGCAUCAGCAGUACUGGAACGAGUGCCAGUACCGGGUGCAGCAGGCAAACCCGCAAGCUCGUGGGCAGGUGGUGGCGGUGGUUUCUGUUCCUGCAGAAGGUGCUGGGAGCGACGUUGUGCAAACGCAGCAGGAGCAGAUGACAACUACGCCCGGAAGUCGUUCGCAGGUUGUGUUUGAAGAGCAUCGGCAGCAGGAGCUAGACCCUCAAGGGAGCACUCGUGUUCGGCCUCCGAUCGCAAGCGCCGCAUAUAAUGAUCCACGUUCGCAUUCCUCCAGUUGUCGUUAUGCGGGUGAACAUCUUUCCUCUCCGGAACAAGUUUCUGCCGGCGCACAGCAGCAGGAGCAGUCGUCCCCACAUUCUGCGGCCUCCAGUUCGACAACCGGUGUGAUACCAACCUGGCGGUCGUCGCAAAAGCCACACAGCAGCAGUCGUGCCGCAGACGAAGACAGGUAUUGUGAUCCUUCCUACGCAGCCUAUAUGCAACACAACACUGCCCUGCGGUUGUUUCCCAAAGGGGGGGAUUUAAAGCUGGAGAAAAGUGCCGAGCUCUUGAUAGAGGAAAGCAGGCUACAACAUGCAAAAGAGUACAUCGACCCGCUCUUGUUUGCGGGACGGCAGCACGUGGAGGCGCUGGAAUUUAUCGAGGAGCACCAGCUCCACUUCGAAAGUGUUUGGGAGUCGCCUCAUCUGGCGCACGCCGCGGCAAUCGAGGCGGCCGCACAAAAGUACAAGCGGGGCCAGAAUCACGUCGUACCCGACGUGAGAAAUUUGAACCGGCAUCAAGCUCUUUACUUUCUGCAACAACUGCGGAUGGGACAGCGGGAGGCCUUGGCCCAGCGCAAUUUGCAAUUGCAGAAAAAUGAAUCUCAGGGUUCUACUUCAGUGUCGCCGAAGAAUGAUAGACACAAAAAUGGUUUCGGGCGAAGAAGCUGAAAAAGGAUGGUGCUGGGACCCGAUUACUAGUUGACGCGGAUUCGUUGUGCAGAAUAUCUGCAGUGGGCAUCGGCGUCCCGUGCAUUUUUUUUGAAAUUUAUGACCGCGCAAGCGCGUCUCGGCGUUCGCGUUUGUUUCGGCAGAUUAUCGUGCGGUGACGAGUACUAGCGCGUCUCUGAAAUUUUUGCCUGCUUAAUAGAACUAGCUGUUCUGCAAUUUUUAUUUCCCGGUUUUGAACAGAAAUUGGUAUCAAAUUGCUAGCUUUGGCCAUCAGCUACUUUCGUUGCAAACCUACAGACACGGCAGACGCACGAGGUGUGAAGAGCCCGACACAAUUUUAUGACUGCAACACAAAAUCGAGAAUCACAACAAGGACACCUGCACCAAUUGUAACAUGGAGCCGGUCGAAACCAUGAUGACGAAGCCUGCGAU